CGGGCCUGCCUGGUGCGCCUGCGCAGCUGUGGAGGCGUCGGCAGUGUCCCGGUUUGACAGAUAAAUAACAUAUUUUGGCCUUCUCGUUUGGGGGUUGUACUUUUUUGCUGUGGUUUCUGGUUUUUUUUUUCCUUCCCCGGGGCUUUAGAGUUAACUAUGUCGUACGGGCAGUUACAGACCUACCGGCCUGGGGGGCUUCCGCCUCGGGACUUCAGCACCAUUAUCCAGACCUGCAGCACCAAUAUACAGCGCCUGGCACAAUGCACUUCUCAGAUAAAGAAUUUGAUGAAUCAGUUAGGGACCAAGCAGGAUUCUACCAAACUGCAGGAAAACUUACAACAGUUGCAACAUACAGCAAACCGGCUUGCCAAAGAGACCAAUGAAUAUCUGAAGGAGUUGGGUUCCCUCCCACUGCCCUUAUCUUCCUCAGAACAGCGCCAGCAGAAACUUCAGAAGGAGCGUUUGAUGAAUGACUUUUCUGCAGCCUUAAAUAAUUUUCAAGCAGUGCAGAGAAGAGUCUCCGAGAAAGAAAAGGAAACUGUUGCCAGGGCAAGAGCUGGCUCUCGUUUCUCUGGAGAGGAGAGACGCAGGGAAGAGCAGCUGGUCUCAUUUGACAGCAAUGAAGAAAGAGAUCAGAUGCAGACUCAAGAAGAUGUAGCAAUAACAGAAGAAGAUCUUGAGUUAAUAAAGGAGAGAGAAACUGCCAUUAGGCAAUUAGAGGCAGAUAUCUUGGAUGUGAAUCAGAUUUUUAAAGAUUUGGCUAUGAUGAUCCAUGAUCAGGGAGACAUGAUUGAUAGCAUAGAAGCAAAUGUAGAAAAUGCAGAAGUCCAUGUGGAAAGUGCCAAUGAACAAUUGCAGAGAGCUGCUUAUUAUCAGAAGAAAUCACGCAAGAAGAUCUGCAUCUUUAUUCUUGGCCUGGCUGUGGCUUGUUUAAUCUUGAUAAUAAUUAUCUGGCAGCUAGCAAAAUGAAAUAUCUCUGUGGAAUUAGAUACAAGAUAAAUAUUUCUGCCAGGAGACAAGCCUAAGGAAUGAGCAGAUUGAGGUGAGAUGGAACACAAACUGAUUUUCCAUUAGUAAUAAUAAUAUAAAAACUAACAUGAAGAUAACUAGUUCUUGGACAUAGUGAACCAUGAAGACCGUUCAUGUUAAUUUAUUUUAUGUAAUUAAACUUGUGGAGGGCUUUUUUGUUUUGUUUUGUUUUCCUGGAUAUUCCUGUCCCAAAUAUAAAGUAUUGAAGGAUGUGAUCAGUCAUCUAGAUUAGCUUGUUAAUUGCUGUAAGUACUACAGAUCUGUUUUUUUAACGUGUAUUGCUUUUAUAAGUGACUCGUUUAGGAAUAACUCCCAAGAAGUACAACAUCCCACUAACCAAGCAGUUUUCAGUGAUCCACACAGCUGUUCCAGAUGUGCAUCCCCAUGCAAAAAACUGCCACACUUAUUUGAAACAGCGGUUCCUGAGUUGCACUGUGUACUUCCAGAAGCUACUUUGAGUAUAGUCCAGUGGGCUGGGGAGAAAAUGGGACUUUCUGUAGCAUACAAAAAAGAGUUUUUCAACUUGUGAAAAGAGAAUGGCUCAAUUUUCUAAAAAAUACUAUAGCUAAUAUGAGACAUGUUGAAAACCCGUUUAGUAAUGAUUAGUCUAAAGAUAUUUAAAGUCCUGUUUCUCUCUGUUCCAUUUUUGUGGUGACUGUCAAUUGUUUAGUAGUAUGUCCAAAUAUCUUCUUGCUUAAUGAAGACGUUGUUGGAGAUGAGCCAUCCUACUGUCUCUUCCCAACUUUGUACCACUAGCACAUACAUUAAAUACUACAGCAUGUAACAUGUUGCAGCAGAGUCUGAAAUGAAAAGAUGGCGUAGAGAAGUUUAUGCAUCUUUUCUCUUAGGAUUUUGGUAAAUAUAUCUGUCCAACAGAAGAUUACUGGUUGGGAAUACCAAUUUCCUUCCUAGGCUGUCUGGGGAUAUUGCAGUCAAAUGUACUAGAAAAACAAAAUUUCCUGAAAGAAGAUUGCAGCAUAUUUUGGGCUGGUAUGGCUUCUGUCCUCCUUUAGGUGAAAAGAAUGAAUAUAGUGAAAAGAAUGAAUUCCCAUUUCCUCUUACAUUUGAAUGUGUAAAGUAGUUUGAUCCUGGCCUAUUGGAACCCUACUUGGGCUGAGACAAAACAUUUUCCAUAUUAGGACAGUAUUGGAAAAGUGCUUUUCUGAAUAAACAACAAAAGAAAGCUUUAAACCUUUUAUACCAAAGGAGGAUUAGAAGCACGCUAGUCUAAGAUUCACUAUGGUGUGUCUUAAUGGAAACCCAUGGGUUCCAUUUUAUGUCUGAUUUGGACUCUUUAAAUUGCUCAGAACUGAUACUUUAGUGAAAUUUCUGGGUGGGUAAUUUGGGUCAGAUACUCUUAAGAGAAAGUGCCUAUGGAAGGCCUGAAAUGUUGACUUGGUAACAUACUGUAUACAAGUAAUGUAUGUUUUUCUCCUGACGUGCUAUUUAUUAUUUAUUUUUUCUUGCAUUUUACAUAUUUAAAUGACUAAACUAUGAAAGCUGCGUGAAAAACGAUGCCCUUAGUUGCACAUCUUUCUUUGCACUAUUAUUCUAUCAUUCUAUCCAUUUCGGUAUCAAUAAACAUUUUUAGAUAUUU